CCAGAGGCCUCGUAUCAUUUUCUUCUUCCCCACCAUCCACCCGUCUCCAUCACCCAUUCUCCUCCUCCCUCUUCUCCGUCCGUCAAUCCCCCUCUAUCUCCUCCCCGCACCAGCUCUUGUACUACUCGGAGCACCUCCACCCCUGACCCCGACUCCGACCACCCAUCCAUCCGCUUCUUGCUUCUUCCGCUGUCCGGGCCAAGAAUCUGAGAUCCUGUCCGGCGCCGCCGCUUGUUUCUUGAUGGCCGCAUAGAUGGCAGGAUCAACUUCAUUUUGAGCUUGUCCCACAAGGUUGCAAUCACCAGUAUGUCAGCUAAGGCUUCAGAACGUACAUAUAGAUGCUCAGAUGAUUCACAAAUGGCGUACUACAACAACUCGGUGCCUUUAGCAGAAAAUGGACGGUUCUAUAUGAUGCAAAAUCAUCUGGAUGUUCACUACACAUCUUCAGGUGAUGGGUCACAGAAAAUUAGUUCCAAUCCUCAAGUAUUUGAAGCACAGUACUGCACACUCGAAUCAUCAUCGGCAAAUGGUGUUUAUCCUACACAGAGCUCCACAUCUUCUCAUAGCAUCUCCCCUAUAAGUGGGAGCCCCCUGUCUCAGAAUGAUAGCCACUCAUACCACACAUAUGAUUCACCCCCAACUGCUUCAUGUGUUACCGAGAUACCGGAUUUCCAGAGUAAACUGAAGGAGCUAGAAAAUGCAAUUCUUGGACCUGAAUUGGACAUAGCCUCUGACAGCCCCGAGAGCUUAUUGCAAGCCAACCAUCCUUUGAAACAAGAUAACUGGAGACAGCUUCUGGGAAUUAACACAGGAGACUUGAAGCAGGUGAUCAUAGCAUGCGGUAAGGCUGUUGCUGCGAAUGAUAUGUAUGCAACAGAACUAUUGAUAUCUGAGCUAGGUCAGCUGGUGUCUGUCUCUGGAGAUCCAAUGCAACGCCUAGGGGCAUAUAUGUUGGAAGGCCUUGUGGCCAGGCUCUCUUUCUCUGGAAGUAAGCUGUAUAAAUCCUUGAAGUGCAAAGAACCUACAAGCUCUGAGCUCAUGUCUUACAUGCAUCUCCUCUGUGAGAUCUGCCCGUUCUACAAGUUUGGUUACAUGUCGGCCAAUGGUGCCAUAGCAGAGGCUAUCAAAGGCGAGAACUUCGUUCACAUCAUUGAUUUCCAAAUCGCACAGGGGAGCCAGUGGAUAACUAUCAUUCAGGCUCUUGCAGCGAGGCCCGGGGGUCCACCAUUCCUAAGAAUCACUGGUAUAGAUGACUCAAACUCUGCUUAUGCCCGAGGUGGUGGACUGGAUAUGGUUGGGACAAGAUUGCAUAGCAUCUCUGCUUCGUGUGGCCUUCCCUUUGAGUUCAAUGCUGUCCAUGCUGCUAGCCAUGAGGUUUAUAUUCAGCAUCUUGACACAAGACCUGGGGAGGCUAUUGUAGUGAAUUUUGCCUAUCAGCUGCACCAUACUCCUGAUGAAAGCGUGAGCGUGGAAAAUCACCGGGACAGGAUCAUAAGAAUGAUCAAGAGCCUGUCCCCUAGGGUGGUGACUCUUGUUGAGCAGGAGUCGAACACAAACACAAGUGCAUUCUUGCCAAGGUACUUGGAGACCCUCGACUACUAUACGGCAAUGUUUGAGUCAAUAGAUGUUGCUCUACCAAGGGAUGAUAAGAGGCGGAUUAGCACGGAGCAACACUGUGUGGCAAGGGAUAUCGUCAAUUUAAUCGCGUGCGAGGGUGCUGAAAGGGUUGAGAGGCACGAGGUGUUUGGGAAAUGGAAGGCGAGGUUUGCAAUGGCUGGAUUCAGGCCGUACCCGCUGAGUUCGGUGGUGAACAACACCAUCAAAACGCUGCUGGAUAGCUACCACAGUUGCUACAGGCUUGAGGAGAGGGACGGAGUCCUUUACCUUGGUUGGAAGGGCAGAGUGUUGGUCGUGUCUUCUGCGUGGUGCUGACAUGUCUUGAGGAGAAGCUCAUGUCAUAUGGAACCUGAGCUUAUCAGGUCGGUUCAGUUUUCUGUCUGCUCACUGGCCAUCUAAUUCACUGGAACCUGAGCUUGAUUGAUUUGUCCUUUCUCCAGUUUCAGAUGGAACCUGAGCUUAUAUAAGGGCUUUGCUGCUUGUCUGCACCAGGAGUUGCUGUGAUGAUACCGCGACAGCCGUGACUUAGAAGAAGGCAUAGUGAUUAAAUAAAUAAAUAUGUUCAUAGCUAGGAAUUUGGUGUGUUGUGGUUUGCUCCCGUUGUUCUAGGAUUGACAUGCUUGUAAUAUACUGUACUACUAAUUAGAGGAUGUUUAGAGACGAUUAAAGGGUAUGCAGGCACAAGAGGCGGCUGUUGCAUGUGUCCUCACUCUCGUGGAUUUGUGUGAUGAUGACGUGAUGGUUUAUUA